AUGGAUGCCCGCCGAAAAUCUCCAGACGGGGGCGUUGCACGCAGGACAUCUGCGGGUAAUCUACGCAGCACGACAUAUCGCCCGGCAAACCCCACGAGCGCCCAAGCCACCGUACGGGCCGUCACACCAGAGCCCACCGAACACGGCGCACAAGAGGCCACAGGCACAAACAGCCACGGUGAGCCCGGCACGCCCGUCGUGCCAGGUGCUGCCGUCAACCACGCCUUCGGGCCAAUGUCACCACAGAGCUCUUCCCCAAGAUCAAUACCAAAUGUUCCAGGCAGCGCCAUGUCCAACUCAUCGAGUACUGCCCGAAGACAGGGCAUCGUCUUCAACGACCACUUCCCCAGCUCCCUCGACAGCACCUCCUCGAGCCCCCCCUCGAGACCUCCCAUCCGCCCUCGCGGCCACACAAUGGACAGCCCAUACCGCCAGCCCUCCGCUGCCCCAGCACCAGAAAGCUCAAGACAUAGGGUGGGAUCGGUGUCAUCUUCUGGAUCGAUGGGGUCGAUGCCACCUCAUGAGGACGCUUUACGCGGGCCUCCUGUGCCGCGGCAUUCUCCAGCGAUCGAAACCGCCGGGUACCCUUCCGUCUAUCCUGCACGACCCACUGAUCUGCAUAUCCAUACCGGGGGGACCACGAAGGAAAAGAAAGGGCUCACCCGAGCGAAGCUAAUGAAGCGCAUCUCCCGACCAACCUCUCCGAUGAUGUCGCCCCCGCCCUCUGUUGACUCAUUACCUCUACCCGUACCGACCGACGAUGCGAAUAAAGUCCUACUCUUGAUGAAAACCCUAUGUGGGCGGAUGAGAGGCGAGGCUGCGUAUCAGAACGAGGCCAAUGGACACUGGUACUCGGGGCUAUGCUAUGUGGAGGAAGAAAAGGGCAGUCUCAUGUUCGAUUCCGGCGAGCAUGGCCCGUUCCACACCUCGGUUAUCUCCGACUUACGGGGCUGUCGGGUGCUUCCCGUACAGAGGCCAGGCAUGGACCGGCCUUGUCUUGAGAUUGUCAAUUCCAAUAGCGGCGUGGAGGUUCUAUUGUGGCCUCACGUUGCAGAAGAGCUGGACCUGUGGCUAGCUGCUCUGCUUUGCUGGCAGCAAGUACGGCCAAGCACUAUGCGAGUUAACAGCCAGUCGACCACGCCGACAUCACAGUACAGGCCGGAGUUGAUGCGCCGAGGCUCAUCAACGACAUCAAAUUCGGGCGCAAUCAUCAAAGUCAGCAGGGUGUCGAUAUGGGAUAAAGGCGCUGCUCAUUCCCCUCGUGCAAUCGUCAAAAGGACUUCAACGCGGGACUUGCGAUCCCCACAGACUGGCUGGAGGAAGGUUUCAUGCAUUCUUUCAGACAAUGGGGAAUUGAAACUCAUCACGGAGAACGAUGUCACGGUCCUCUGUAUCAUCUCACUGUCGCAAUUAUCGCGAUGUGCUAUACAGCAGUUGGACAAGUCAGUCUUGGAUGAGGAGUACUGCAUAGCGAUCUUCCCGAUGUACUCGUCAACAUCUACUCAGCUCUCGAUCUUCAGACCCGUGUACAUUUCUUUGGACCAUAGGGUGCUCUUCGAGGUCUGGUUUGUGUUGCUACGGUCGUUCACAGUCCCUGAGAUCUACGCCUUGGACAGGGAAAACGACGACCAGAUCCUUGAGGUUACGGACUUUGAUGCGGACUUACCCUUUCAGAUGUUCAGGGUCGAGAAGACCAUAAAUUUGCGUGUGAUAGAAGCAAAAGUGGGUGGCCCGACCUCACCGCACACUGCUUCGCGAGAUCGAAACGCCAGGCCUCAAGACGAUGCUUUCGUUGGAAACUACUUCGCGGAGGUCAUGCUCGACGGGGAAGUUCGUGCGCGGACGAUUACGAAAACCGAGACCCGAAACCCUUUCUGGCGAGACGAUUCGUCCUUGGGCCUACCCAGAACCGGCAAUUUGACGGAGGUUUCCUGUGGUGCUGUGGAUCUCCCGUUACCGCAACUCGAACGGGGCAGGGACCAUGAGCAAUGGCUUCAGAUCUGCGACGAGCGGCAACAAUCUAUUGGCACGAUGCUCUGCAAAGUUCGCCACGAGGAGGUCGUGGUGUUCAUGGCAAGGGACUACCAGCCGCUGUCCGAGAUGCUUCAUAAAUUCAGUUCUGGGUUGACUGCACAGAUCUCAGAAGCCCUUCCCGGACAGCUGCGACGGUUGGCCGAGAUCUUCCUGAACGUCUUCCAGGUGUCGACUACUGCGAGUGAUUGGCUGAUGGCAUUAGUGGAAGAUGAAAUCGAUGGCAUCGGUCAGCAGUCUCAAAUGAGGAAAAUGAGGUUCAGCCGGCGUCUUAAAUCAAGCGAGGAUUUGAACGUCUCCAACCCUCAUGAGCGAGAGGCACUCCGCGACAUGGGGAAAUCAUUGGCUGGCGAGGCCAAUCUGCUGUUCAGAGGCAACUCUCUACUGACACAAGCUCUCGAGUUCCACAUGAGACGUCUGGGGACCGAGUACAUCGAAGAGAUCCUGGGUGACAAGAUCUUUGAGAUCAACGAGAUCAACCCAAACUGCGAAGUUGAUCCUGGAAAGCUGCAACAGGGCGAAGACAUUAGCCAGCAUUGGGAUCAGUUGUUACAAUUCACGAACGAGAUAUGGGAUUGCAUUGCCAAAUCAGCAAACAGGUUCCCUCCGGAACUGAGACACAUUCUGAAGUACAUCCGCGCCGUGGCCGAAGACAGAUACGGCGAUUUUCUCCGGACGGUGGCUUUCACUAGUGUCUCGGGCUUCCUUUUCCUGCGAUUCAUCUGCCCAGCUAUUCUCAACCCGAAGCUCUUCGGCCUUCUGCGAGACUACCCACGACCUCGAGCUCAAAGAACACUCACUCUCAUUGCGAAAGCAUUGCAGGCGCUUGCUAAUCUUUCCAAUAUUGGCAAGAAGGAAGUAUGGAUGGACCCGAUGAACCGUUUUCUUACUUCGCGUCGUCAGGCUCUAAAAGACUUCAUCGACGAGAUAUGCGCAAUACCAGCAGAGCGCUCGAGCUGCAUCCUGCCCGCAUCUUAUUCGACCCCAAUCACCAUCCUAGGUCGCCUCUCACCUCUAGCUCGGGAAGGCUUCCCCUCCCUACCAUACCUGAUCGAUCACGCUCGGAGCUUCGCCCUUCUCGUCAGACUCUGGGUCGACAAUCAACCUCUCAGCGGUGACGCCGAAAACCAUUACGACGGCGAUCUUCUAAAAUUCCAUAGAUGUUGUGUCAGCCUCCAACAACGAGCUGAUCUCUGCAUGGCGCGCAUCGACAGUGUUCGCGCAGCGGAUAACGAGAUUUCUAGUCAGCGCACAGACUCGGAUGGUGCCCUUGCUGAUGCUAUGGAGCAUGUCAGCUUUGCUGAGUCGGGCAAUACAGCUUCGCACAAAUCCGGAACCAGCGCUUCGUGGAUGGACCGUGACCGGCCACCUGGCUCAUCUGAUGGUAGCUCGUUGGAUGAUGGCCGAGGGCCCGGACUGCGUUCUCAUCGCUCGUCUGAGAGGUGGACCAGCGGAUUGCGGCAAGCCGUAGCCGGUAGCGGCGAACUGUCCGACCGAAAGUACCAUCACGGUUCUCUUAAAUCUCUUCGCAAUAGCAAAAACGCGAGGAAGUUUUUGUCUGGCUUCCUGCGAAAGGUCGACCGUACAGACAGCCCAGAAGCCUCCGGCUCAAGCGGGAGCCCCUCAGGAUCGCCAUGGCAAAACGGCAAUGGUGACAACAACAUUGGCGCUUCAUUCAAGUCUGGAUCGGGCUCGACGACGCCCACAGGCACACUGAAGGGUAGAGACAAGGAAAAAGGGCGGAGUACCUUUGGCGGCCUGGCGGAGGCCUGGAAAGAAUUCGACCCGUCUAACAGGCAUUAA